UUCCCUAGAUCAUCGAUUAUUUCUCUUCUCGCAUGAACUGCGCUGGGAUUGUCUUCAAUUUCAGAUUAGAAAGCAAAUCAACUUCAACGAGGACCCUUUGAAGUAAACAACUGUUGGGUUCUUUGAAGAAUCUGACUUUAUACAUUUUAUCUGGUGGCAGCUACUAUAUUGUUGCUAGCUUGUGAUUACAAAAAUGGAUUUUUCACUUCAAGGAAAGAAACAGAUUUUGCAGACACAUGCUCGUAAAAAUUUGUCAAGGGGAGCCCACAAAGAUCUGUGGUUUGCUGUGCAACAAGGGUCAUUGGCCGAUGUGGAUUCAGCACUAUCCUUUCUGAAGAAGAGUGGUAGUAAUAUUAAUUCAAGAAACAUAUUUGGUCUCACUCCUCUUCAUAUUGCAACUUGGAGGAAUCACAUUCCCAUUGUUAGGAGGCUUCUUGCAGCUGGAGCUGACCCAGAUGCCAGGGAUGGGGAAUCAGGAUGGAGUAGCCUUCACAGAGCUAUGCAUUUUGGUCAUCUUGCUGUGGCAAGCAUACUUCUCCAGUGUGGUGCAUCUAUCACACUGGAGGACUCUAAAUACCGAACACCUGUUGAUCUGAUAUCUGGGCCUGUGUUGCAAGUUCUUGGUAGCGGCCAGAAUUCAGUAACUACAGAGGUUUUCAGCUGGGGAAGUGGUGCAAACUAUCAGCUUGGAACUGGAAACGCACACAUACAAAAGUUGCCAUGCAAGGUUGAUGCUCUUCAUGAUUCUCUAAUCAGGUCUGUUUCUGCCGCUAAAUUUCAUAGUGUAGCAGUUACUGCUCGAGGAGAAGUGUAUACUUGGGGAUUUGGAAGAGGAGGACGACUUGGGCACCCUGAUUUUGAUAUACACAGCGGUCAAGCUGCGGUUAUCACUCCUCGGCAGGUAACAUCUGGUCUAGGGUCCCGUCGGGUUAAGGCAGUUGCUGCAGCUAAACAUCACACUGUUGUUGCUACAGAUGGUGGGGAGGUGUUCACCUGGGGAUCCAACCGAGAGGGUCAGCUUGGCUACACUUCUGUGGAUACUCAACCUACACCUCGUAGAGUGAGUUCCCUCAGGUCAAAGAUUGUCGCUGUUGCUGCAGCAAACAAGCACACUGCUGUGGUUUCUGAUAAUGGUGAAGUUUUCACAUGGGGUUGCAACAGAGAGGGCCAGCUUGGCUAUGGUACAUCCAACUCUGCAUCAAAUUACACUUCUAGACUGGUUGAGUACUUGAAAGGCAAGGUUUUUAUGGGGGUUGCAACAGCAAAAUAUCACACACUUGUCUUAGGAGUUGAUGGAGAGGUAUACACUUGGGGUCAUCGACUUGUUACGCCUAAACGGGUUGUUGUCACCAGAAAUUUGAAAAAGGGUGGAAAUUCCACUUUGAAGUUUCAUCGCAAAGAACGGCUGCAUGUGGUUUCGAUAGCUGCUGGGAUGGUACAUAGCAUGGCUCUCACAGAUGACGGUGCUUUGUUUUAUUGGGUUUCUUCAGAUCCUGAUCUUAGAUGCCAACAGCUUUACUCGCUGUGCGGAAGAAAUUUGGUGAACAUUUCUGCAGGGAAGUACUGGACUGCCUCUGUUACAGCUACAGGUGAUGUUUAUAUGUGGGAUGGGAAAAAUGGCAAGGAUAAGCCACUAGUUGCAACUCGGUUACAUGGUACAAAGCGGGCUACUUCAGUUUCAGUUGGUGAAACACAUUUGUUGAUUAUUGGUUCUCUCUAUCAUCCUGCCUAUACUUCCAAUGUGGUGAAGGAUCCACAGAAGUCAGUUAUCAGUGAGGAGCUAGAAGAGAUUGAUGAAGAUCUUAUGUUUAAUGACAUAGACUCAGAGAAUCCUUCACCUAUUAUACAAGAUGAUGACUCCAGCAAGAAUGCCGUACCAAGUUUAAAAAGUAUUUGUGAAAAAGUGGCUGCAGAGAAAUUAGUGGAGCCACGAAAUGCUAUCCAGCUGCUUGAAAUUGCAGAUUCACUCAUGGCAGAUGAUCUAAGGAAGUAUUGUGAGGACAUUGCUAUACGAAACCUUGACUAUAUUUUUACCGUAUCAUCACAAGCUAUAGCUGGAGCCUCACCAGAUAUUUUAGGUAACCUCGAAAAAUCAUUGGAUUUGAAGUCAUCUGAACCAUGGAGCUACCGUCGUCUCCCAACUCCGACAGCUACUUUUCCUGCUGUUAUUUAUAGCGAGGAGGAAGAUAGUGAGAGUGAGGUUCAAAGAACACGUGACAGCCGUACCAAGCAAUCUACCUCCAAUAUUGAAAUGCACCAGAGACCAGAUUCCUUUUUACAACCCAAAGAUGAUCCAAGUCGAGGUAUUGGCAAGGAAGUUCGAGCCUUGCGGAAAAAGCUGCAGCAAAUUGAGAUGCUCGAGGAAAAACAAUCCAAUGGGUAUCUUCUUGAUGACCAGCAAAUUAAAAAGCUUAAAACAAGGUCAGCUUUAGAGAAUUCACUUGCUGAUCUCGGGGUUCCAGUUGAGACUACAGAGUUGAAGGAAUCAUCUUCAGUUCUCCCAGAUGGAAAAGGAAACAAAAAGGUUGAGCUUUCAAGAAAACUAGGGAGAAAGAACAAGCAGAUUACAACGCAAGUGGCUCGGCUUCCUGCAAGUGAAAUAGAACCAAACCCAAUAAAAGGUUCCUUGAAUAGUGAACUCUGCUCAGAUAAUAAGAUUAUGACCAGCCAAACGACGACAGAGUCGGCUUUAUUUUUCCCGAAGGAGAAGUUAGAUUCAACAAAGAACCAUUUGUCACCAACAGUUUCCAAGAAGAAGAGUAAAAAGGGUGGGCUUUCAAUGUUCUUGAGUGGUGCACUUGAUGACUCCCCCAAGUAUAUUGCUCCUCCACCAACCCCAAAAAGUGAGGGUCCUGCAUGGGGUGGGGCUAAAAUUUCCAAAGGAUUUGCGUCUCUCCGUGACAUUCAAGAUGAGGAAAUUAAAAUCAAGGUGCAUCAAUCAACUAGGAAUAAAGAUCCCUUGGAAGACCCUGUCAUCGCUAAAGGUGAUGGGAAGAUCCUUUUGAGUUCAUUUUUGCCUUCUAAGCCAAUUCCGGUAGGUUCAGUUGUCUCGACUUCUGCUUCACUGGCAAAUGAAGGAGAAAGAUAUACACCUCCCUGGACUGCUUCAGGAACUCCUCCUCUUGCUCGUCCAUCUCUUAGGGACAUCCAAAUGCAGCAGAAAGGAAAACAACAGCAAAAUCUGUCUCACAGUCCAAAGACAAAAACAGCUGGAUUCUCAGUGACUAAUGGUCUGUGUUCGCCAUUGGACUCUUCUGGAGUGAACCGCUGGUUCAAACCGGAAGUGGAUGCAGCCUCAUCUAUUCGUUCAAUCCAGAUCGAGGAAAAGGCCAUGAAGGACCUUAGGCGCUUCUACAACAGUGUUAAGGUUGUCAAGAACACUUCUUAAUGACGGCUUGUGUUUGGUAGAAAUUGAGACCCUGGUGCCUAAUUGUAUAGUGUAGCUUAGGGAUAUAGUUCAUUCUCAUCAAGUUUAUGAGGCAAGUCUUCCCAUAUACUGCCGUCAGUGGUAAAUAUUCUGCAAUGUAAUGUAGCAGCAAUUGACACCAUCAUUCUUUAGGUUUUUCCAAUAAUCUGUUCUCAGUGAAGAGAAGAAUGAGAAUAAUCUUGUCAUUUCAGUAAUGCUGGCAAAUAUAUGGCUAUCUUUG